AUGUAUCGUCGGCUACCUGCGGUUCUUAAAGAAGCGGACCACCUAGGAAUCGAAGUUAUUGGUUUCGAAAAGUUUUCUCGGCACGUGGAGCGUGUCAGAGGCUUGCAGCACAUUACCGCCGACGACGUGCUUCGACGCAAAAUGGUUAAACAUUCGCCCCAUUGGCUGAAGGAUCUGAAGCAACCGAUGAUAAAAAUUGAGGACCGUUCAAACAAGUUUCGUCCUCAAUACCAAGAAUUUCAGCAAUGGCCUACUAUUGUCCUCUCGCCAGGUACUUCUCCUUUGCUAUGUUCGCUGAAUUAUAUCCCGAAGUAA